AAACUCUCCAUUAGAAAAGGGCCCAAAUGAAAAUGACCCCCAAUCCCACAAGGCCACAAACGCUUCCCCCUCCUCCUGCUGCUGCUCCCAAUCUUCUCCGCUUCCCUGCUGCUCUCCCGGUUUGAUUUCCCUCUCGAUUCUAGAAAGCCGCCAUGGCCGCGGCGGCAGCAACGCGCCAGAGCCCCGCCGUGCUCCCUCGUCGCCGGCCCUGACAGGAAGGAAGUGGCCGAAGCUGCUGCUCCCAGUUCGCGAUUUUCUUCAUUUGCUUUGAGCUGCCUUCCUGAUUGAUACGGCGCGCAGAGGAUGACGAGGGGAGGUGCGGCAGGAGGAGGAGGCAGGGAGGAGCAGGGGAAGGUGAUGGGCCCGCUGUUCCCGCGCCUCCACGUCAGCGACGCCGGCAAGGGCGGCGGACCGCGGGCGCCGCCCAGGAACAAGAUGGCGCUCUACGAGCAGUUCACCGUGCCGUCCAACCGCUUCAGCUCCUCCGCCGCCUCCACCCGCGCCGCGGGGGGCAGCCUCGUGACCUCCACGUCGGCGAGCCAGGUUUACAGUUAUGACAGGCCUCUGUUCCAGCCUUUUGACGUGCCUUCAAAUGGGCCUGCUCAUUCAUCUGAAAAGUUCAAAGGAAACUCUAUCAAUGGGCAGUCCAAUAGCACAAGAAGAGAAUCUGGGAGGAUGCCCACACAGACCAAGAACAACGAUGUUUAUGCUUCAAAAUCAAUUGCUGAGUCCACCUCACAGCAUAGGGUGGGCAACAUCAAUAAGAAUUCUUCUGGGAAGAAAGUGGCUAAUAAUGAUGAAUUUAUGGUUCCUUCCAUCUGUUCUCCCAGAUUUUCUCGAUAUUCUACUCAAGAGCAUGCAGGGGUUCAAGACAAAUCAAAUCCACUAUCCGCUACAAACCCACACAAAAGUCCUUCUGCAAUGCCCAAAUCAUCCGCAGAAUGUUAUAGUGCUGUGAACAGGCACUUGGAGAGAAUCGAUGAAUCUGAUAUGAGAUCAAUGAGCUCUUCAAAGGUAAAGGAGAAAGAAUCAGUGCAAGGAUCAAAAAUUGUGGAAGUUGAAGAAAAGAGUUUACCAGUUCAGGCAUUCAAAGAAAAGUUCAAAAACAAAGAUGCUAAAGCAUGUCAGAUGAGGGAUAAUGCGAAUAAUAUAGAUAGUUAUGAUAACCCACAUUUUGGGAAUAGCAGGCGUCAACCUACAAGCAUGAACGGAAGUUCCAUGGAAGCAAAGAACCCUACAACAACUAGAAAUACAGUGUCCUGUAAACCAUGCACUGAUUUAAAUGACUGUAACAAGAAUUCUAAUUUACUGGAUAGAAGUUUGCGGGAAGCUGGUUCAAAGAGAAAACGAGGACAUCAGGAUGUAGAGCAAAAUGAUGAUCUAUCAGACUCUUCAGUGGAAUGCAUACCUGGUUGGGAGGUCUCUCCAGAUGAAAUUGUUGGUGCUAUUGGUCCAAAGCAUUUCUGGAAGGCAAGAAAAGCUAUUCAGAAUCAGCAGAGGGUUUUUGCUGUCCAAGUAUUCGAGCUGCAUAAGCUGAUAAAAGUGCAGAAGUUAAUUGCAGCAUCUCCACAUUUGCUUAUUGAAGGAGAUCCUGUCCUUGGCAGUGCCUUAGUGGGAAAGAAGACCAAACUGCCUAAAGGAAAUUUGAAAGUGCAAACCCUGUCAAUUGCAAACAAGGAUGAUAUCCAACCAACUCCAGAGCAACCGGAAUUAUCGAAACAAAACACUGAAGGAAACCCACCAUCCCCUUGUCGUGAUGAUGGGCUUGGGGGCAACGGUCAUGAUCAAGCUGCAACAAACGAAACCUUUACAAGCAACCCUCCAGUCAUGCCUGCUGCUCCUGACAACAAACAGAAUAACUGGUGCAUGAAUCCACCACAGAAUCAGUGGCUUGUCCCAGUUAUGUCUCCCUCUGAAGGUCUUGUCUAUAAGCCUUAUGCUGGUCCCUGUCCCCCAGUUGGAAGUUUGUUGGCGCCAUUUUACGCCAAUUGUACUCCGUUAAAGCUCCCAUCUACACCAUAUGGCGUUCCUAUGCCUCACCAGCCACAGCAUAUGGCCCCUCCUGGUGCUCCUGCCAUGCAUAUGAACUACUUCCCGCCUUUCAGUGUGCCGGUGAUGAACCCAGGGGCACCAGCAUCUGCAGUCGAGCAAGGGAGCCAUGCUGCUGUGCCGCAGCCUCAUGGGCGUGCGGAACAACAGUCGCUGAUCUCGUGCAACAUGUCGCAUCCGAGUGGCAUUUGGAGAUUUCAUGCAUCAAGGGACAGCGAGCCACAAGCCAGCAGCGCCAGCAGCCCUUUUGAUAGAAUUCAAGUUCAAGGUGAUGGAAGUGGCCCGGUGUCAGUCUUUCCCUCGGCUCCAGCUCAGAAUGCCCAGCCUCAGCCCUCAUCUGGAAGCAGGGACCAGCAGAACCAUGUGAUCAGGGUUGUCCCACAUAAUGCGCAGACUGCUUCAGAGUCAGCAGCACGGAUUUUCCGUUCAAUACAGAUGGAGAGGCGACAAAAUGACCCAUAGCUGGUGACCGCAUGCUGUUAUGUCAUCUACUCAUCCAAUCACAGCUUAAAUGCAGUUUACAGGUCAUCCCGAGCUCUAUAUUGUGGUAGCUCCUAUAUUCUGACCAGUGAUUGCACUUACCUGAUAGUUGUAGAUUCGAUGACAUACCUGACAGUUGUAGAUUCGAUAAUACAAUCUUCUGUUCACUGCAGAGUUGUAGUGCAGGGCCUGCGCCAAAGUGAUGGCCCUGAAGUUAUGAGCCUUUCAUGGUUAUGCAGUGACCGGAAUUGGUAUAUAUAGGAUACUUUUCCAUUGUGUUCAGUUCACCAGCAGGCAGCAGUAUUUCUGUAGCAUGCAAUGGACAGUGAGUGGUACAGUAGGAACAAGCAGCUGACUGCUCGUAUGGGGAAUGUUUGGUGUAUACUGGUAGUAUAGGCUUCUGUACAAUUCAGUGUUUUAUCUUGUUGUACAGUAUGUGCAAGUGCAAGCUUUGUAAAGCGUUCUGGGCAAUGAAUCAGAUUGCAAGAAUUUAAUGCUGGAAACCAUCUUUUGCUCUGUUUCUGUUCUGAACAUUGCUUGUGGAUUAAACGAAAGCUCUGGAUUGUUAUGUAUC